AUGUCUCUUGAGGAAAACAUGAUCUUUGAAUUGCAUACCAAGAAAAGAACUUGGAAGAUAGCAGUACGAAUCACUGAUAUGUGGCAUGUUAACAAGCACAAUGGUAGACAAGUGAUAGAAAUGUUGUUCAUGGACCAAACAGGUGCAAAGAUUGGUGCCACUCUUUGGCAAGAAUUGUUUCGUGAAUUUGAGGCAAUGUUGCAUUGUGGUUCUGCAUAUGUGAUUCAGGACAUUAAGGUUGUUGAAAAUCAUUCUGAAUACAAAGUGAGUACGAUUCCAUUUUUGGUUUACUUGGUGAAAACUAUUGUGAAGGAGGCCGAGCAUCCUGAGAUUCCUACUAAUGUCCAUGUUAUUACUCCAUUUGUUGAUAUUAUUAAUGGGGUAGCACCGCGUGACACUUUAGUUGAUGUUGUUGGUGUUGUGGCCGAAGUCAUUGAGCGUAAAACAGUUAAUCCUACAUAUAGAGUUAUAGUCAAGUUGAGGGAUAACAUUGAUAGGGAUAUGAUCUUGACCGCCUGGGAGGAAUAUGCUCUUCAGCUUGAUGAUGCUAUAGAGAAAAAUCAUUUUGAUAGGAAGUCAUUGGUGGUUAUGUUAACACUUGCUAAGAUCAAAGAUUCUAAAGACAAGUAUCCUCUCAGUAUCCAAAAUAUCAAGCAUGGGUCCAAGUUGUAUGUGAACACUGAUAUAGCAGAAAUCUGA